AUGAUAAUGGAAAGGAAAAUCAAAUUAAGAACCUUGAAUAGCCACAUAACAUGCAAAAUAUGUAGGGGAUAUCUCAUAGAUGCCACAACAGUUACCGAAUGUCUGCACACUUUCUGCAAGACUUGCCUAGUAAAACACUUAGAGGAAAAUAACACUUGCCCAACAUGUUCUAUAGUGAUACAUCAGUCCCAUGCCCUCCAAUACAUAAGCUUCGAUAGGACUAUGCAGGAUAUUGUAUAUAAGUUAGUACCAGAUUUGCAAAAAGACGAAACUGCUCGAGAGAAGGACUUCUACAGGCAAAGAGGCUUACCUUAUCCCAAAGAUAUACCCCUAACCAAUGGUGACGUCAAUGGUGAUGAUAAUCAUGCUGAUGCUAGCCACGCUGAGAAUGAUUACCACAGGCAAGACGAACAAGUGAAUUUGUGCUUGGAAUGUAUUAGUUCAAAUUUGAAAUCGCUGAAAAGGAGAUUCAUUCGAUGUUCUGCUCAAGCGACGAUUUCACAUUUAAAGAAGUUUGUAGCUAAAAAGGUUCUAGACGGAAUAGAUAAAUAUAGGGAUAUUGAUAUAUUGUGUAAUGAUGAACUUUUAGGUAAAGAUCACACUUUGAAGUUUGUCUAUGUGACGAGGUGGCGGUUUCAGAAUCCUCCCCUGAUAUUGCAAUAUAGGCCAAGGAUUGAUAUAUGAUUAAACUAAAAAGGGAUAGUUCCCUUGGUUGGCUGUAUACCAUAUAGUUAAAAAACUCUAACAUCACAGUAAAGACAACUUCUAUGUAAUAGGUAUAAUAAAAAAUCAGAACUAACGUUUUCGGACCUAUCAGUCCAUCGUGAACUCAUAUACUUGCUAACUAGGCCCAGAACCAAACAAUGGUUGUGAUUAUAAUUCUAUCUGCAUUCUAAUGUGUUGAAAUUGAGGAGGCUCAACGCCGAUGUUAGCAGACUUGGCAGACAUUCGUGGCCCAAGAUGGUUGUUAAAGUUUUAAAGCCAAUUAGUACAAUUAAACCAACAACCCCCUUUUAAUUCAUAGUAAAUUAAAUUUUCAUCACCACAGUUGGACUUACUUCAAUUUUGAAUAAGGAACCACAUUCAUCAACCUAUUCAUAUAAGUAAAACAUCUUAGCAAAAAUAUUUUCCACUUAAUUAUUUGGUCCCAGAUGUUCUUUAGAUCCUUUAAUUCAACUUCAUUUGAAUUAUGUGUAGAUGGCUGCAUACAUUCUGGCUAAUUCUCUAUUUGCAUUAUAAAAAUCAUUUUAUACUCUACCUACAUCUUACAUUAUCAAGGUACUUAAAUGUAAUUAUAGCCACAACCUUGUUGAUGUUUGUUAUUACUGUUGAAAAUUUAAAAAAAAAUCUUUUAUUACAAUUAGUUGGCUGUAUCUUUUAUUACAAUACAGGGUAACUUCUACGUCACAUUGUCGGUUUGUUUUUUGGCACCUUUCAGAAACAUCACUCAUUUUGCAUUUAGUUGCCAUUAAGUCAUUGAAAUGUAAACAACUCAAUUUGCAUCCCACGUGUUGGGAAAUUCGAUACAUUACCUUAGGGCAUUAUCCUAGUUGCCAUGUGACCAUCAUAAGGCAUUUUAUUAAAGUAUUCACUUUUAAUGCAUCCAUGUUAUAUUUAAAGGGUCUUUACCCGAAUAUUUUUCUUUGGUGGCUCAGCUAGCAUCCAGUCUGUAAGUAUAACCAACUUGCUCUAACCUUAGUCAAAAUUUAAAUAUUAACUUUACAUUCAUUAAAUCGGUUAUACUUAUUUUUAGAUCGUAACACUGAUGAUGAUUUUUUUAUAAAAUCGAAAACGUUUUGUUGUGAUGUAGCCCUUUAAAGGGAUUUUAAUAUAAAAAAAAUGUAUACCUUUUACAAAGGAUUUUUUCCAAUUUUUAAAGUUUUCGUUUAGGGUUUCACCAUGUUGCCAGUGGUAUUCUUCUAACAUCGGCGUUAAGCCUCAUCAAUUUCAACACAUUAGAAUGCAGGUAGAAUUAUAAUCACAACCAUUGUUUGGUUCUGGGGCUAGUUAGCAAGUAUAUGAGUUCACUGAUGAUGGACUGAUAGGUCCGAAAAUGUUCGUUCUGAACACAUUUUAUACAAUCCAUUGGGAUUUUUUAUUAUACCUAUUACAUAGAAGUUGUUUUACUUCAAUGUUAGAGUUUUUUGAUAUAAUAUGAUUCUUAUGGCUAUUGUAUAUUCUCGAGACUGAUCAGUUUAACAAAAGUGAUUAAUGUCAAUGUGUGUGUUUAAUAUAUAGAUAUACAGAUCGUCAAACAAAGAAACAAGUUUUAAUCAAGCACUUAUACAGUAAUCGCCACACCAGUAGACCCACGGAUACCUAAUUGUUAGGCUUGGGCUAAUCCGGCUCGUUCUCACCUGUGACUUUCAUGUCUCUCAUGUCAUGUUACUUUCAUAUAACUAUUCAAAAUAAUUGUUUUUCUGUACAAAAAAUACAUUAAUAAUUAAUUAAUAGUAUUGUUACUCUACUUUAAUUUUUUUUUUUUUGGCUUGGACUAUAGUCAUUCAGCCAGUCUCAAUCAAAAGUAAAUGUAUUAAAGAUAUUGCCAAUUAGUGAAACAUGGUUAUUAUAAUAAUAUUACAAUUUUUUACUUCUUAUUUUACCUACUCAUUACAGAUAAUGUACAUACUAUGUUAAUAAAUAUUAUAAAUAUAUUAUGCUUAAUGUUUAUCAAGAACACAUAGUGUAUAUGUUACCGUUAAAACCCGUUUUCAGUUAAAACCCGAAUUUACUAGGAUAAACUAGUUUUAACUAAGCGCUUUAGACAAUUCUAAUUUUAACUAGUCAAAACUAGAUUUGACUGCCAAAUUCAGUUAAAACUAGAAAUCGCGAACGGAUUUCAUUUAGAGUAGUUUAUAUGCGAUUCUCUUGUGAUUGCGUAUCAACCAAAUCUACCUGACGCGACUAGGCAUUUCUGAAUGCAAUAUAGGUUUGGACACAAGACCUCUCUUCGUUUUUAUAUUUUUACUCUUCUUCCGUUGGCAGGUUUCACACAUUGGUAUAAAAGUAUUGAUCGUAUCAAUAAAAAGUGAUAUUUGCCUAUUUCCUGGCGGUUUCAGUCUUCAACUUAUCCCGAUUUCCAUGAAAAAUAGCAACUUAAUUUGCUGCUUUAAUUAUGCCAAAAAUAUUUUCGACAGGUACAUAAUAUUUGAUGGGAUCAAUUUUAGAAGCUACUUUGUUAUAUCGCACACUUUUACAAUUCUAAAUCAUGUUAGUCUUCGAAUUUGUAACCGUGUUUUCUUGGCAGACAGUUCCGCAUCUUGUACUUCGACCAUUAAUUUAUUAUAUAAUAUAAAGCAUAUUAUGCUUUUGGUCACAACAUUGUAGUGACUUUCUUUCUUCUCUGUCUUUUCCAUUUGUAAAAUCAUUUCCAAAACACGUUCUUUUCACGUUCUUAUAUCUCUGCUCUCAAUCUGAUCUUCGAUAUUAUCAUUAAUGGUGAAUAAUACACAGUGGUCUAAUAUAACCAAUAAAAACGAUGCAAAACAAUCGACAGUUUCACACACUACUUUGCUACCGACUUGCCGCCUUCGUUUUUAACACUACCCCGAACAAGCCGUAAUACAUAUAUGUACUUGUCUCUUGCAACAAUUUUAACUGGUAUUCGUCAGUAAUUCCAAAAAAGCUACUUUGAACUAGUAUAAACUACGCUAAAUGAAAUUCGUUCGGGAUUUCUAGUUUUAACUGAACUUGGCAGUCAAAUCUAGUUUUAGUCUUCCUCAGCUGAUCUGCUGUUCACGUGGGCUCAAAAUGGUUUGACUCAGCCAUGUUGUCUUAUUAAUUAAUAAAAGAAUUUAGAUGUGAUUUUAUUCACUUUAAAGGGUUAUUAUACCCUAUAUCUGUGGCUUUUGCCCAGUAUCCAUGUUUUUUAUUGUGUCGUUUAGCAAUUGCUCUUCUAUGAAGGUUUUAUAAGAGGACGAAGCUCUGAUGAUGGCACGUUAUGUGUCGAAAGUACUUGCUGAUAAUAAAAUAUUUUUUACACACUAUCAAAAGUUUUUUGAAAACAUACAUCUGUUUGCCGUUUUGACCAAAUCUAGUUUUGACUAGUUAAAACUAGAAUUGUCUAAAGCGCAUAGUUAAAACUAGUUUUUCCUAGUAAAUUCGGGUUUUAACUGAAAUCGGGUUUUAACGGUAACAUAUACAUUUUACAAAUAAAAUUAUUAAUGUUAAUUAAAAUAAAUGCAUUCUUUUUUGUAUUUUUUUUUUGUUUUUUUUGUUUUGUUUUUUUGCUUUGUUUUUUUGUUUUGUUUUUUUUUUGUCACUACGAUAAGAUGUCAACCCGGUUCAACCCCUCGCAGGUUUAAAUCCUCUUAGUGAUUUUUUUUCCUUAAAUUUUUUUUUAUAUCUUUUUUGUAUCUUUUUUAGCUACUAGCCUUAUUUAAGAUAGUGGAUUUUUUUAAUUUAAUCUUUUUUUAAAUUUUUUUUAAACAUUUUACAAAUACCUAUGACUAAUUACAAUAAUAUUUUACUAUCCGACAAGAAAGAUAUCAAACAGUCAAAAAUUUUCUUUUUACAGGGAGUGGGAUGUUCUGGUCUAUAAUUCUUUUAAUUAGGUGAUUGGUUAGGUGUUUAUGCUUCAUUCAAUAUGCUUCAUUCAUAUGCUUGCAUUCAAAAAAUAUGUGGUUCAAGUCACUUUUAACCUCACAUUCCUGACAAAUAUUCGAAUCUAAUAAUGUUUAUUUUAAAUAAAUGUGCAGGAUAACAUGCAUGUCCAAAUCUAUUCUACUGAUGGUGGAUAUGUAUUUGCGAGGGAGGGUGAAAUUAUUAUACCAAGGUUAUUCCGGAAUAAUCGGUUGUAUCAAACUGUAUUGUGUUGUUGAUAUGCUACAGUACCUUUCACAGUGUGUUUUCCAGUUCUUCAUCUGUUCAGUUCUUAAACAAGCAAAAGCAUCUAGAAUGCAGGGCUGAUAUUUGGUACUUUAUUUGAUACUUUAAAAUAACUUUAUUCAAACAUCAACAAUAUUACAAUACUUAACUUUUACAAUAACACAAUGACAACUAUAAACUUCAAAUACAGCUGUUCUAUAAACUCUCAACUUUCUAUGUUAUAUUCGCUUUCUAUACAUUUUCUGACAUUUUCUAGACGUCACUAGACAUAAAAGUAAACAAUACAACAAGUGAAGGAUCCAGGGCUGUAUUAGCUCAAUGUACCCGUGUGUCUAGUAGCGUGGUGGUUACUGUAUAUUGUAGAAAUAGACGGAGGACCAAUUUGAAUAUGUCAGUACAAUUCUAUGUAAGUUGCGUCUAAAUUUUAGCUACUAGUAAAUUAUUAAAGGUUGAUGUGACAUCAUCAUAAUCAUGGCCUCUUAUUCCUGCUGGAAUGUUUACCGCUCUUACUUAGAAGUCUCUGAUUUACUUAUUGCAGUGGAUCACUCCACAUUCUUCUUGUGCAUUGUCAAAGUUUAUUGUAUGACUUGGCUUUCGUUACAAUUUUCUUCCACUCAUUUCGAUAUAUGCAUAGUUCUAUCCAGUUUCUCACUUUCAUGAUUUUGAUAUCUCUCAUGACCUGGUCCUCCCAUCUCUCUCUGGGUCUUCCCCUUGGUCUUUCAGUUACUGGCUUCCAUCUGGUGAUCUUAACCAGUAGGUAGUUUUUCCUUCUCUCUAUGUGUCCCAGCCAUCUCAGUCACUGCUAUCUUGGUACUGGGGGUUGUUACCCCCGAUGAUGGGGUUGAUUUAGUUGAAACACUAAUUACCGAAAUAUAUUUAUUUAAGUCACCAUGUACGACAGUAACUAGUUGGUGUCGGGAUGGAUAAUGUCUCUACUCUAACCACGUCGGUUUCUGAAUAAUGAAUAAUCUCUUUCUUUACUUUCUAGUAUCUAUAAAUAAAUCCCAAUUGUUUGUUAUGAUUUCAUACUUGAAUGUGACCGUGAAUUACUAAUAGUACAUAAUUGCUGACUCCGUUGUUUUGAAGAGGAAUGGCCUACAUUGCAGAAGCAAUGUCACCCAUUUACGUAAUGUAAACAGGACAUGUAAUUAAUAUUUGUUUGAGACUUUUAAAAAUUAAAUCGAUAUGGAUUACUCUUAUUUUUUGGAUGCUAAUAUAAAUCCUGUACACUGCGCUUUAAUAAAUCUAGUCAUUUCUUUUAAUUUUUCAAGAACCCUUUAUUCCUAUUGCUGAACCCUAUAGUUCCUUUAAUUCCCUUGACCUUCUACGGCUAUGUCAGAUAGUGUGGUUGACAGGGACUCGCCUUGUCGCACUCCUGUUUCUAUUGCAAUUCUGUUUGGGCUACCUUCUUCUGUUGUUAAUUUUGCUCGAAAUCCAGCCAAUGCCAUUUUUGUUAAUCUGAUUAGCUUUGCCCGUAAAUCUUGAUUUUUAAUUUCAUUAAGUAAUUUAUUUCUCCAGUCAGAGGCACGAGCGCUCAUACAAAAAUUUUCAGGGGGGGCAUACGUGAAGAUGUUGCACAUUAGAUAUUAUAGUCCAUGUGGUGAGACCGCUCCCGUCUGGAAAAAUUUCUGAUUCGGUUUCUUUGUGGAUUCCUAUUCAAAAAUGUCUCCUUUAAACAAAUUUGAAGGGUGCCGGGCAUAAUUUUUGGGCAGAAAUUGUUUAAAAAAAUUUUUUAUACAAAUACAAAAGAUCACGUUUUUUUGCUCUGAAACAUAUAUUUUUACGUUUUGUGGGUCAUUCUCAACAAGAAAGGUAUCUUGUAAAUUUUCUCAAAAAUUGAUAGUUUUCGAGUUAUAGGCGAUUUAACAUCUAAAAAAUGCGAAAAUGCGCAUUCUCGAGGCCUAAAAACUCAUAUUUAAAUUAGUAUUUUUGAGGUUGCCAGAUACUUAAAUCGAAGUUUAAACAUUCAGCUUCAAGAUUCUGAAGAGUGAUUGCGCCUAACCUUAAUAUAAACCGUUGUUUUUUAAUUUUUAAAUAAGCAUGUCCAUCCGAUUUUUUUGCCGGUGCGGCGCGCUCUAUUUCAAAAAUCUCCAAUUUUCCUCCGAAAAAUAUUUUUUCUAGAUUCUUUGGGACAUUCUAAAUAAAAUAAUUUUGUUGACAUUUUUCUCAAAAGUUAACAGUUUUAAAGUUAUAAGCGAUUUAAAAUCCAAAAAUGCGUUUUUUGGCAUUUUUCGGAUUUUAAAUCGCUUAUAACUUUAAAACUACAUAUUAACUUUUGGGAAAAAUGUCAAGAAACUUAUUUUAUUUAGAAUAUACCAAAGAAUCUAGAACAAAUAUUUUUCGGAGGAAAAUAAGAGAUUUUUGAAAUAGAGCUCGCCGCACCGUCAAAAAAUCGGAUAAACACUUAUAUUUAACAAUUAAAAAACAACGGUAUAUAUUAAGGUUAGACGCGAUCACUCUUCAGAAUCUUGAAGCUGAAUGUUUAAUCUUCAAUUUAAGUAUCUGGCAACCUCAAAAAUACUAAUUUAAAUAUGAGUUUUUAAGCCUCGAAAAUGCGUAUUUUCGCAUUUUUCAGAUUUUAAAUCGCCUAUACUCAAAAACUAUCAAUUUUUAAGAAUAAUUACAAGAUACCUUUGUUGUUUAAAAUGACCCAAAAAACCUAAAAAUAUAUGUUCCACAGCAAAAAAACGUGAUCUUUUGUAUUUGUUUAAAAAAAUUGUGAAACAAUUUCUGCCCAAAAAUUCCGCCCGCACCCUUCAGAUUUGUUUAAAGGGGACAUUUUUGAAUAGGAAUCCACAAAGAAACCGAAUCAGAAAUUUUUUUAGACGGGAGCGGUCUCACCACAUGGACUAAUAUUGUAUACUUUGGAUAACCAUAUAUAGUUUACAGCACCCGAAAAGCUAGUAGGGCCACGGCCCCCUCCUGCUCAUCAUGGGCGCCCAUGGUCAGAGGUGACCAUCAUAAUUUGUAUAUGAAUAUUUUCAUUCUUUCUUUUGAUGACUUUAAAAACUCUUAUUCAGUCUUCUUUCUCCCUUCGAAGUUUUUCAAUCCAAUUGGCCCUGGUCCUGGCCAGAAAAACAAAAAGCUAACGUAGUAGUUUAAAGAUCUAGGUGACUUUGCUACUUAGAUUAGAACUCGCUGUGUCUGAUCAAUAUAUAAAGGCAAGAGACGAGGGCUUACGGCUCGGUGAUACUCCUCCAUAGAUCCCUACGGGAUAGGCAUGAUGAAGUGCUUGAUUAAAAUCGAGCAAUUUUUCUCACUAGCUCUAUGGGCAUUUCUAAUUUCAGAGAUUCAGACUUGUUCCUAUAUUUGACUAUCUGUACACGAGAUGAAUUAUUUGACAAUUAGCUAUAUAGAAUGUGUGUAAAUAUUUUUUAUGAAAAAUCGAAUAUCAUAUUGACAUGUCUGUAUAAUAUUAUAUAUAUGAUUGUAGCGGUAUAGUCUUUAAUGUCAGGUUUCACAAAGAUCUUCUAGAUAUUAAUGUAACUAUUAAGUGGUUUACAAAUAAUUAAAAAUUCAAGAAGAGAGUUAUCGAAAAGUAUUUUAUAUUACCGGUUUGAUCAUAUUAUUCAACUUAAUAUUCGGAAAUAUCAAACAAAUUAUCAUUCUCUUUGGUUUUUUGGAGAUUGGUUUUUGAAAUUCCCUUUAAAAUUUUUCAUUUUUGUGUAAUAUGAAUAUUGUGUAAAGUCAUGUCAUCUGUAAGUCUUUUCCUCCAAAUAUUUUCAGCAAUAGUCAGUAAAGAUAGUAGUCAUAGACAUACUUUUUCCAUCUUCAUACCCAGUGAUAUGCUCAUGUUCCGUUGGUGGUUUGCGGAAUCAAUUAAAUGGAAUUAAAAUAAAUGUAAACAUAACAAACUUUCAAUAAUAUAUUUAUUUUAAUCGGUAAAAAGACGUGUUUUGCUUAUAUCUCGUAAGAGUGCGUCGUUGACCUAUCCCGACGCCCGCUGGGGUGUGACUACCGACGGGAGGCUGUGAAUCGACUGAACGAGACCACAAUUGCUAAUAUGUCAUUAUGUAUGUGGUUCUACCGUAUGGCGAGAAAAGGCGAUAAAUUAUUAGAUCUGGCGUUUUAAAAGCUGAAAACAUUUCUGUAGUUUUUAAGAAGUUGACAUAAAGAGGAUGGCUAAUCUGAUACCAUAAUCUAUUAUGGAAUUUGUGCUUCUCAUACAUAAACUGAACAGGCCAUUAACAUCUGGUUUCUUUAUAUAGAUAUUAUGAGCCAAAAGAAAUGUGAAUUUUACAUGGGACGUAUUCUUUCGUUUUGAGAAAAGUUAUUAAAAAUGAAAAAUUAAAAUUAGCAUUUAAAAAAUAGUAAAAUAGUAAUUGAAGCGUGUCGCCACACUCACACUGCUAUGUUAUCAAGUUUAUUUUGAAAGUACCUAAUGUCCACUCAAUCUAAAAAAUAAUACCAACUACUACUGAAGUUACUUACUUUCAUGUGACGGAUUUUAAAAAGAAACCGUAUUUGUUUAUUCUUCUUCAUGUACCAUCUCUAUCAUCGGCGGUUAGCGGUCGUGGUGAAAAAUAUUUCUUUGUGUUUAGCUAUACGUAAGUUAUUCAAAACCUAGUUCUAUUCAAUUUCUAAUAUUCCGAAGCCAAGACAAAAAAUGUUUCUUUACAAUAUUCCCAUAUAUUCAUGUAUAGUUAAUAAUGAAGGUAUUUGUAAUAGUUUACCUGUUUUAAUAUCUUCCCAUUUAUCAUUAUAGCUAUUAUUAACCAUUAUUUUCGUUUUUCUCGUUAAUCUUCAUUUCGAACUCUUGACAAGCAUCAUUAAGUUGGUCUAAGACUUUCUCUGUGUUCGUGUCUGUAUCAGUUAGUAGAGCAGUGUCAUCUGCAUAUCUUACAUUAGAAAUUUCUUCUCCAUUAAUUGUUAUUCCUUUGAUAAGGUUUUUCCAGGCUUUCUUGAAUAGUAGUUCCGAGUAUUGGUUAAACAGCAUAGGAGACAAUACACAAUCCUGCAUUACUCAUUUACCUCUACUAAUAUUUCUCUUUGAUCGUCGAUCCUAACCUUGGCACUUGCCUCCAAUGUCUUCUUCUUCUUCGCGCGACUAGGAUUACUCAUGUUUGUCUGCCUCUUAUUCUGUUCCAGUUGUUGUUGACUGUACAUUGUCCUUCCACCUUUUCGGCGGCCUUCCAACGGGUCUUCUGCUAUACGGCUUGUUGUUUUUACAGAUUUUCGCUAAUCUAUUUGGUUCCAUUCGGUUUACAUGCUCGUUCCAGUUUUUCUUUCUUGUUUUUAUCCACCUGUUAAUAUUUUGAAUUUUGUAAGCUCCUUAAGAAUGUAAGUUCCUUAUUAAUCUGACGUCUUUAUCGCCUAAAUUAAUGCUUCUUUUAUAAUUCUUCAAUUUCCUUACAUUUUUCUUCUAGUCAUUUCUCUUUUGCUUAUUUUAUUUGUAUUCGAAUGCGGUCUUAUUUUUAUUUUUUCUUCUUUCAUCCAUCAUAUCUAAAAUGUGUGAUCUCAUCCAAUCUUUUCUUGCCCUUGAUCGCGUUUUUGUAAAAUCUUCCCUUGUAAUAUUGACCAGAAUGUAUUUGAUCCCAUCGUAUACCAUACAUUUAGUUUUCGAUUAGAGAUACGCGACUGAAGGAAACGAUAAAAUCGGCAACAUUGCUUAUGAAAAUGACUAAAUAAACCCGCGCGACUUUGUUGUGGGAAACGGGGAAGCAGGGUUGCCAUGUAUUGCCAGAUUGUCGUUUAUACAAAAUAUUCAUAAACACAAAAUUGAUCUCAAUAUAUUUCUCAAUCUGUCUCACUGUGAAACAGUGGGUCAAAAAGUAAUUAUAUUUUUAAAAUUUCCGUUUUCCAUAGACACUUUCUAAAAGAAAGAAAAAUUAUGUAAAUAGCAAAAAAAUGUAAAUGUGUUAGGUGUGCAAUUACAGAUCUUUGUGAAAUCGGUCAUGUAUACAUUUUUUACCUUAUUCCUAAAGUCUGUAAAGUAUGUAAUGUCUUACUGUACAAUGGAAAAACAUGUUAUCUUCAAUACGUUCAUGUAAACUCUUUUCAGUGUGCUUUGUUUAACUUGUUCAAAAACCUAUUUGGUUUUCUCCAUCUAGAAAUGCAUUCACAACGAAAGAUAUUAUUGGUAAUAUUUUUCUUGUUGAUUCCUGUUCAAAAUAAUUAUCUAAAUUAGCGAAAAUAAUAUUUGUUCUAUAAAAUGCAAGGUUUUAUCAAAGAGUCCCCCCUUUCCAACAUGUAGGUAUCAUUAACGAUGAUAUGUCAUGAGAUGAGAUGAGAUGAGAUGUCAUAAAAAAUAAUUACUAACCACCUGAUUCUUUUUUCUUGGUUAGUUAAUAUGUAUUCAUAUAAAUUAACACCCUUACUGUCCUACAAAGUGCUUGGCACAUUAUCCUGGUCCUUCGUUCAAAAUUUGUCAAUACCACAAGCUCAUUUUUUUUUAUUAGUAACUGUAUGACAAAAGUAUCACGUGAUAUAUUAGUGUCUUUUUCAACCAAAUAAAACAAUAUCCUACAAGAAAACAGGUAUGUCACCAGUCGACAAGAAUUGUUUUUCGGUUUCUUAUUUAUAACACAACACAUAGGUAUUUCUUGAAAUCUAAAUAACUAAUAUACGUUCAAAAAUCUGUAUUUUUACAUAAACAAAAAACUAAUUUUCAUCAAAUCAAUCUCCAUUGCAUUCGCUACUAGCAUCACUCUCAUCUUCAUCUCUCCCUACUUUAUUGAUUCAUUUUGUUCAUUAGUGAUAUCUGACUCUGUAAUAACAUGAAAAAACUUAAUAAAUUCUACUUCAAGUGCCAUCUCCGCGACGGAGGUUGGCAAUCAUCAUAGCUAUUCGGACUUUAGAGACGGCUGCUCUGAAAAGUUCAUUUGAUUGUCCGUGAUCACUCUCCACGUGUAAUAUGCCCGAGAUAUUCCAAUUUUUUUUGUUUUCAUGGUAUUUAAGAUUUCUAUUUCUUUAUUUAUCUUUCUCAAAACCUCUUUGUUUGUGACGUGUUCUGUCCACGAUAUUUUUAGAAUUCUUCUGUACACCCAUGAUUCCAGUUUUUUCAUUGGUGCCGCAUUCGAGGUCCAAGCUUCCAUUCCAUAAAAGAAAGUUAAAGUUGAUAACAAUAAAUAUUAAUAAUUAAUAAAUACCAAUAAUAUUAAUACUGUAACUUGUAAUUCAGAAGAUAAUACAUCAAAAGAUGGUCAUUGGGGACCAUCAAACCAAUAAUAUUCAUAUUUGCCUUUAACUAUUGUCCAUUCAUAAUUUAAUUAAUACCAAAUUAUUGAAUUUUUUGUUUUUGCGAAGAAUUAUAUUAUUAGUCCAGUAAUGUCUUCAGAGAUUUGAUCUAAAAAUGAUAUGAAUAAGUUGAAUUUUACCGAGCAUGUCAAAAGUUUGCCACUUCAACCCCCUUCCUCUCGAGGGGGGUGGCGAAAACAUCGAUUUAUCAAGAAUCUGUACGCAGUAAAAAAAUGACUCAGACAGAACUAACGCAUGAAGUGACCGGCGAUAUCAAUUUUUUCAAUAAAAUUUUAUGAAAUCGACGGUAAAAAUUCGAUAUCUUCUGAUCAGAGUGUCCUAUCGACAAAAAUCAAAAUUUUUUUAUCUUUGUUUGGGUCCCAAAAUUGAUAUUUUCAGCAAAAUUCAACUUGUUCGUAUGAUUUUUAGAGAUUCAGUGGAAUUUUCGUCUCUGACGACUCUGGUAUUGAGUCAACAGAAGAGGAUCCAUAGACACGGUGUUCAAGAGAAAAUAGUUCAAAGAGAAAAGCAAAAGAAGCUUCUUUGACGCAUGACGUUGUAGAAAAGUGUCUUAUAGCCGAUUUUAAUUUUGACGUAUUUUUGAUCUACAAUACUGCAAGCUUAAAGCCAAAAAAGAAUGUGUGUGUACUUUGUACGCACGUAAGAAGUUAUACUUCUAUUAUAUGAUUUCAACGAAAUCAAUAUACUUUAAAAAGUUUAUUUACAUUUUAUUUAAAUAUUAAACUAAUUUUAAUACUCACUACUUUCCAAAAAAUUUUAUUAAAACAAUACCAAAAAUUAAAAAAAUAAAACAAAAAUGAAACAAAGAAAUGAUUUCUGAACAAUAAUUGCUGACAAAAAUUUUAACUAAAUACGUAUUUUCUGAAAAAAAAAAUAUAAUAAAUAUACUUACAAUCAUAAAAUGUAUAAAAAUAAUUAAAAAAAUAAAAAUUUGCAUUGGGAAUUGAACCUGCGUCUAUAAGGUUGUUAGAUUUUGAACUCACCGCACGCAGAACUUAGCUAGCGAGACAUUUGAAUGAUGUGGGAACAUUAGCAACUAAACGUUUUAAACUUUUUUGACAGCUGCUUAUUCUCUUAGUUUAAUUAAAUAAGUUUGAUUCUUGCGGAAUUAAAAUAUUAACAUACAACAAAAUAUAGACUAAAAAAGCAAUUUAUUAGAUAUGAAGAUUGGUAGAAAUUGUAUUGGUAAUCAAAUUAUGUAAAUCAAAGCAUUACCUACUAAUUGGCUAGGUACCUACAUUUUCCAAAUAGGUAUGUAGGUCCUAAUCUUUUAUUACAAUACUGAAACAUUUAAAAUUACGUUGCUUUUGCUUUUAAAAACUAUUUAAAAAGUCACUACAAUUAUAAACUUGCUUUUUGUGUCUGUCCUCACAACAAUAAAAACUAAUAUACUAAAUACAAUUUGUUUACCCAUAACCAUUGACGUAUUAAUAAAAUAACCGACAUAUUGAACAAUUGUUGACAGGUAAUUACCCAGUCAGAGGACGUAUAACGUUUAAGCUGCGCCGGGUACCAAGAUUUUGAUGAUUUCGAGCACAUACAAAUUUACUCCCAACGCGCCUAAAGAAGUAUAACUUCAAAAAAUUGGGUGCUAGUUUAAAUUUUAUUUAGAUUUUCUCUUGAACACCGUAACUUACAGCCUGUUUUCUUCGGAUAAAGGCUCUCUCUAGCAAAAUGUUUAGAAUAUUUUGUUUUUGCGAAGAAUAAAUGUUAAGAGCCAGCAGGCUGGGAUUCUUAUAGCUUGAGCCUGAUUUUCUUCGGAUAAAGACUCUCUCUACCAAACAGUUCAAUUUUUGGUUUUUGCGAAGAAUUAUUAUUCAGAGUCAAAAAGAUGGGAUCCAAAAAUGGGUCCGGAAUUAGCCUGAUUUUCUUCAGAUAAAAUACUCUCUCAAAGGAAAAUGUAGCUUUUCUUUUGUUUUUGAUCUGGAAAUGCAUCUAUAGUAAUUUUUUAUUAAACAAUAAAUGUGAAACCAAUUAAUAUCAUCGUCAAAGCAAGCUGAUGGAAACUUGAUAAUAUAUCUUUUACUUAUUGCGUAGAUAUUAGCCCUAAGGUUUCAAGUGUUUGCCUAAACAUUAAGAAAAAUGUCGUAAUUUAAUCCAAUAAAAAUCAAAUUUUAAUGUACUUAAUUUUUGGAUUAAUAUACCUUCGUACAUAAUAUGGAUGUAUUAUUUUUCCAUUUUGGUAUCAUGGUUUUUCUAUUGUACAUAUCUGCUAAUAAACUAUUUCUCUACUGGUG